GCUCUCGCUGUCUUGACCCCUCAAAAUCUCAAUUCAUUCAUUCAUUUCCAUAUAAGUAUCAAAUCAAAUCCAGAUUCCUUCCAACAUACCAUUUAUCUCUUCCUCCGUCCAUAUUUGCCAUUAGACCUCUCAUCGAGGGCAGUGAGGAAUUGAAUCAUGUGGAGCACAAUCGCCAAUCUUAAAGAAAACCUCAACAAAAUGGCGCUCGAUGUUCACCACCACGAUUACGAUUACGAUUACGAUUACCAUGAUGAUAAUGAACAACAAGAAGAAGAGCUCGGAAUCUAUGAUUCACCCAAUCGAAAUGGUCAUCUCGUCUCCGAUCACCGAUUUUCUCACAAUUUCGCCUAUUCCCUUCAGCCCUCGCAUUCUAAUCGAUUCGAAGAUUCCCCCGACAAUUUUGAGGUUGAACAAUACAAAGUAGAAAUCAAGAGGCUUCAUGAAUCAGAGGCAGAAAUUAAGGCAUUAUCAGUUAAUUAUGCUGCUCUAUUGAAGGAAAAAGAGGAUCGGAUUUCAAGAUUGAAUGAAGAAAAUAGCUUGUUGAAACAAAAUCUGAAUGCAACAAAUGCUGCUCUAAAUUCAUCUAGAAACGAGAGUUUCAAAACAUCCACAAAUAGCAUGAAUGGCCUCAAGGAGCUUGCAGAUUUGUUAGAAGAGAAAAACAUGUCUCUGGCAGCGAUUCAGGCAGCUCAUGAGUCUGAAAUAAACAACUUGGGCUUAGAACUUGAGAAAGAACGUGACAAGUUAGCAAAUAUUCAGCUAAAAUUACAAGAGGAACUGAAGUUGAAUGAAUCCUUUCAAGAGGAGCUGAACUUAUCAAAAGUGGACAAGGACAAAAAAAUGGAGAUGAACAAAAUUCAUGAUGAAUUGAAUGAGAAAAUAUCAGAAGUAAGACGAUUACAAAUAGAAUUGACUAGAAGGGAGAAUGCAGAAACAGAUGACAUUGCAGAGGGUUUAAAAAGAGUGAUUGCAACCCUGGAGGAGAACAAUAAUCUUAAGAUGGAGAAGGUUGAACUCGAAGCUGCCUUGAAAGCUGCUGAUAAUUCUUCCCCCCACAAAAUUCCUCCUCAUAAUCAUCAAGAGAUUUCAAAUAGUUUGAAUGAGAAGGACCAGUCGACGGGACAUUUUCCUGGAAAAGAAGAGAUGGAGCUAUCUCUGCAAAAACUGGAGAAAGAUUUGAAGGAAACAUGCCAACAAAGGGACAAAGCAUUGCAAGAACUGAACCGGCUUAAGCAGCAUUUAUUGGAUAAGGAAUCUGAGGAGUCAGAAAAGAUGGAUGAGGACAGCAAGAUUAUUGAAGAACUACGAGAAAAGAAUGAGUUUCUGAAACUCCAAAAUUUAAAUUUGGAGAAGGCUCAGAAGCAUGCAAUUGCAAGUCAAGAGGAAGUUAAGAUGACCAACAACAAUGAACUUCAAAAGUACGAGGAGAUCAUUGAUGACCUAAAAAGAAAACUGACAAGUUGUAUGAGCACUAUAGAUGCCAAAAAUGUUGAACUUCUAAAUCUUCAAACUGCUUUGGGCCAGUACUAUGCAGAAAUUGAAGCUAAGGAACAUUUGGAAGGAGAUAUGGCAAGGGCAAGAGAAGAAUUAGCUAAACUUUCAGAGGUUUUAAAGGAUGCACAUCAACAGGCAGGGAUAUUAAAGAGUGAGAAGGAGGAUUCGUUGAAAAAGCUUUCACAAGCUGAAAGGAUACUAGCAGAAGGAAGAAACAGAGUAAAUAAGCUUGAGGAAGACAAUGCAAAACUACGUCGAGCUUGUGAACAGAGCAUGUCAAGAAUUAACAGGAUGUCAAUGGACUCCGACUAUUUUGUCGACAGGCGAAUAGUAAUCAAAUUGUUGGUAACCUACUUCCAGAGAAACCACAGCAAAGAGGUUUUGGAUCUUAUGGUUCGCAUGCUAGGAUUCUCUGAUGAAGAUAAGCAGAGGAUAGGUGUUGCUCAGCAAGGUGCAGGUAAAGGCGUUGUUCGCGGUGUUUUAGGUAUACCAGGUCGGCUAGUUGGUGGCCUUUGGAGUGGUGGUUCGGCUGAAUCUAAUGCAAAUAUGGCAUCUGAAAACCAGCCCUUCGCAGACCUUUGGGUUGAUUUCCCUCUCAAAGAAACCGAAGAACGAGAGAAGAGGGAAUCUGCAGAAGCCAUCAACGCCUCCAAUGGUGAUGCAAGAACGAAUGCUAUUGGUGCUGCCUUUUCUUUCUCUCAAUUAAGCCCCUCCCUGAACCAGAACAGCCCGCCGUUGUCUCAGGGAAACAUACAGCAGUCGGACCAUUCAGAUUCUGAGUUCUCAACAGUUCCUCUAACUUUGUCAGAGCACAGUUUUCAGGUUUCAAAAUUGCUUCCAAGAUAUUGAAACUAAUGUUGGAUUGUUUUAUUAAUGAAAAGGUAUAAUUAUUUUUUUUUUGUUGCUGUUAUAGUCUAGUGCAAUACUUUCCAUUUAUUUUUUUAUCCAUUUAUUAUUAAAUGGGUCAGCUUGCAAAUUGCAAUGCAAGUUAUUGUUA